GCAGUGGGCGGGUUUCCCACUGCUUUAAGCCCCUCCCCAGUCCAUUAACUGGUGAAGCAACAGCUGUGACUCUCCAGCGUGUGACACACACCCAGCGUUCAUCCCACCGGCUGCGAAACCUCCUGGGUAGAUAUGGCUGGGAAAUCACAUAGACUUAGUACUGAAGAACGUGAGCAACUCCUGCCAAACCUGAGGGCCGUCGGGUGGAAUGAACUGGAUGGCAGAGAUGCUAUAUACAAAGAAUUCCAUUUUAAGGACUUCAAUCGGGCCUUUGGAUUUAUGACCAGGGUCGCUCUACAAGCUGAAAAACUGGAUCACCAUCCAGAGUGGUUUAAUGUCUAUAACAAGGUCCACAUCACUCUAAGCACCCAUGACUGUGGAGGGUUAUCGGAGAGAGACAUCAACUUGGCCAGUUUUAUUGAACAGGUUGCAGCUACAUUGUCCUAAGUGAAGCUGGACGAGGGCACCAAGGUCUUCAGAUUACGCUUUUUAACAUGGUGAUUAUGUCAUAUGGUUUUAAUCAUUGGGUAGAAAACUCCUAUGGUUGUCUUUCUUUACAGUGAAUGGAAUGUCAAGACCUGUCAACUUUUAUUUUUUUUUGUAGUGGGUAUCAAAACUUGUAUUGGAGACCAAUGUGUAUGUAUGCCAAUGAGUGUGGUGCUUAACAGAAUUUGCAUCAUCAGGGCUACACAGAUGCUAGAAGCCAGGUAGCCAUUGCUUAUAAAAUUUAUUGCUGGUGCCUUUUUGUGCUGAUUUAUACUGAUCGCUGCAGUCUACAUUUUUUGGCUCGUAAUUUUCACCAAAAGCCCAACCUUGUGCUUUCUUGUUUAGUGCAGUCUCACAGCCUUGGAUAGGGCUGUGGUCAGGUCAGAGGAAAGAUGUAUCCCCCCCAUUAUCUGCUACUUCUUUGGUGUUACUAAUGUAUAAACAACAUAGUGAUGGAAAAACAAAGCACACACUUUAAUAAAGUGAUUUAAAAGAGA